AUGACGUCUCACGGCAAGGUGCUGGAUCUGCUCGACGACCGCUACCUUGAUCUGAAGGAUGUAAUUGGCAAUGUCGAACCGCUGCCGACCCUUGUCCCGUACGAAGAUUACGCGCAAAAUGUGCUUGUAUACCGCAUGGACACAGACCAUGAGAUUUUCCUGGGCCUAAUUCAGGACUUCACUUUUCGACGAGCAUACGAGGUGCGCAAAGAGCUCUGGACAUGGCUUGUGCAGUGGGAGGUCGACAACAGUCCACCCGUACAGCAGCCUUCGACCGCUAAGAAGGUUCGAUUGGAUUCACAGCAAGUAAAUACGCUCUUCAAAGUACCGCCGACACCGCGCAAAUCGCCCGCGCUUACCAUCUUCGAGCGGCGCACGCUGGAUGGCGCGCUGAUGCUGGAGGAGGACAUGCUGCGCAUCCUGAUCGACAUUGUACAAGUUGCGAGUUCACUCGUGCCCAACUUUAUCGAGUUUUUGUACCGCUGGGUCGACUACUACGAGGGUGAUGGGAAGGCACUCAAGGCUGCGCUGAGGUGGGAGAUUCCAAGCUUGUGGGACUUUGAGUACCACCCUCUUGUGCUGCCGCGAGACGAAGAGAAAGACGACGGGAUGGGAGGAGGAAUCGUGCGUGCUAGUGGAGAACGAGAGGACAGAGCAAGAUCCGUGAGCGCGAGCAAAGCUGCGGAGCUAAGACAGAGCUCUCCUACGAAGAAGAUGCACGCGCAGCCGAAACCAGACCUGGCCGCUAUUGAGCUCCAGACAUUCUACACUGAGGAAAGCGAGCGCCUGCAGUACCGCGAAGUCAAGUUUGGCAUCCAGCCGCCCAAGCUUGAGCAAGCUCUCCCGCCACUGAUCAACAUCCCUCGCGAUGUAAGAAAGCGCACGAAGUACUAUGCGGCAUGCUUCAAGUCCCGUCAACGCGCGCUGUACCUCCUUCUCGAAGCUGGACUCACCAUGCGCCAGAUCAACAACUACCAGAAGUUACAAACGACGCAUCCAAAAGAGACACCCGAGACCGGCGAUGGGGAUGGUCUUCGCAAUUAUCAGAAGGACGCCAAGUAUGCUCAAGCCCACUAUGAAUUGAAGGAGAAGCAGAUCAAGCAGCGCGAAAUUGCCAUCAGCAACAAGCUCGCCGUUGAGGCACAAUUUGCAGCUACACAUGCGGUCCCUGAUGGCGCGGCCGGUCUGCCUCUUAUUCCGCCCACACCAUCAUAUGCGAAGAAGGACAUGGCUGUUGAGAUGAUGCAGAGAAUCAAGCAGACAAGAGCGCGGAAGGAUGACGGGAAGAUCAACAUCGUGCCCAAGCCGUUACUCGGUCUGAUGAAGAGCAAGGUGUUUGAGGGCGCGCAGAAGGUGCCUGAGUUAGCGCCGCUUCGAGACUCCAUGGCUGAGGCUGGGUGUGACGAUGAGGGUGAUGAUGAAAGCGACGAUGAAAGCGAUGAUGGAGGGCACGACGAAAGCACGAUCACCGCUGCUCAACCAGUAUCAGCUCCCACCCUCCCGCGUCCGAUGUUGCCUACGCUUCUGUCCCUACAUCCUUCCCCUGCGGCAGUCAACCAGACGAGCAGCCUGGGUGGUUCCGCCAGCUUUGCCACUUCAGCAGCUUCUAACUUCCAAUCAGCACCUGCCCUUGACCGGUUUACGCCGCCCAAUAUUGCGACUUCUAUGCAGAAUCUGAGCACAGAGCCAGCUCAGCGUCUACUGCCUCCACUGACGUCAUAUCCGUCUCACCAGAGUCCGGCGCCUCUACAUCCGCUACAAUCGGCUGCACCGAACCUGUCGAUUCCUCCACCUGCUGGUCUGCAGCGUCUGACUAUAGCUGGAGGAGGUCGUAGUAUCCCAGCGUAUGUACUCUCACCAACGACUGCUCAAUCUUCAACUACCAACACCCGGGCGCCUGUUCCUGUCUCACCCAGCUUUGAUCCGGGUGUUUUCAUGCAUCUGCGACGUCAACAAGAGGCGGCGAGAUUAGCAACAGCAACUGAAGCUACAACACAGCCCAGUCCGCUUGAGGUGCCAGAUGGACAAGUCGUGCUACGAUCGUCGCCCACGGUAGCUUCUGGGCUGGGCCAGCAAAAACCUGCACAACCACAAUCACCUUCGCCAGCCGCUGUGCUUCCACCACCCCGUCCGGGCAUCGCACGAAACGCACCUUCCCCACUCUCGCUACCUCCACCCAAACCGUCGCCAUUCACCACCCUCGCACCUCAAAUACUCGCAACAUCGCCCUUCCUCGCCCAACCAGUCGAAACCGGAACGCCAAUCCAGAUCUACCUCCCCAAGAUUCUCGUCCCCGGAAACGGCAUCGGUCCAGGAGGAGCGUGUAUGGGCGACAGCGGCUGCAUCGAAACCGACGCCCUGAUGCUGGGACAUGAAGACUCCAGCAGCGGGAAGUUGAUCCUGAGCAAGGCCAUCCUCCUUCCGGUCGGUGUGUGGGAGAACACGCUACGUAAGGCACGCGCUGGGCGCUGGAGCGUGCUGGAGACAUAUGCCUGUCCGUCUUCACAUCCUGCGAAGGGGAAGGGCAAGAGGAAGGUGGGUGAUGAAAAUAAAGGGUGCCAUGGUUUUGUGUACGACAAGCUGGUGCAAGCGUACAGUAUGAUAAGCUCGGCGCCGGAAGUCAGGGAGAAUGAGCUGACGAAGAGGUGGCGGACUAGUCCUGGGCCGAUGACGAGCUUUGACCGUGGUGCUGUGUGGGAGGGGUGGGGUGUGUAUGUUGAUCGGGGGGUUGAGAUGAGUGUUGACGAGCGGAAUGAUGCGAUGAAGAGUGAGGCUGAGGCAGUACCUAAGGCUGGAGCAUCGUCUUCAUCAGAAGAUUAUGGACCGUACCGUGAGACUGAUGAGGCGCUAAGGAGGAAGAGGGAGAUGGAGGAAUUGAUGGACGAGGACGGGGAGAUUGAGGAGGAAGAAGAGAUGGAUGACUAG